CCUCCGACGGGGGCGGAGCCGCUGGUCAUCCGCGGCGGAGCAACAUCGUUCAAGCGAGGAACCCUCGUCCAGCGUGGCACUAUCCUCCACGGGAAGUCAACUCUUUCCGGAUUUACACCGCAAUACAUUUCGAUUGUUUUCAAAACUCAGUCCCCGUCGUUGCUCGUGUAAUUUGCUGGGAUCCGUGCGAGUGAUCCAUAAGAACCAGAGAUCCUAGACCGACCGGACCGCUCGGUACCCGGGAGAGCCUCUCCUCGGGUCCGCGUCCUGAAAUGGACACUGGAAUUGUCCCUGAAAAGAAAAGGGUGAGCUCGGACCGCAGGAAGGAGAAGUCUCGGGAUGCGGCGCGCUGCCGGCGGGGGAAGGAGUCGGAGGUGUUCUACGAGCUGGCCCAGGAGCUGCCCAUGCCCCACAGCGUCCGGGCCAACCUGGACAAGGCCUCCAUCAUGAGGCUCACCAUCAGCUACCUGCGCAUGAUGAAGCUGCUCGGCACCGACGGGCCCGUGGCGGAGGCGGCCCCGGAGGAGAGCGAGCUGGGGGCCCGGCUGAGCGGCUCCUACCUGAAGGCCCUGGAGGGGUUCCUCAUGGUGCUGUCGGAGGACGGAGACAUGAUCUACCUCUCAGAGAACGUCCACAAGUGCCUGGGCCUGGCACAGUUUGACCUGACCGGGCAGAGCGUGUUCGACUACACGCAUCCGUGUGACCAGGAGGAGUUGAGAGAGAUGUUGGUCCACAAAACAGGCUCCAAGAAGACCAAGGAACCCAGCACCGAGCGCACCUUCUUCCUCCGCAUGAAGUGCACCCUCACUAGCAGGGGCCGCACCGUCAACGUCAAGUCGGCCACCUGGAAGGUGCUCCGGUGCUCCGGCCACGUGCGCGUGUUCAAACCCCCUGCGGAGGAGGAGAAGGCCCCACCCUCCAGGCCCCCGGUGCCCUACCUGGUGCUGAUCUGUGACCCUAUCCCGCACCCCUCCAACAUUGAGGUGCCCCUGGACACCAAGACCUUCCUGAGCCGACACACGCUGGACAUGAAGUUCACCUACUGCGACGAGAGGAUAACGGAGUUGAUGGGCUACGACCCGGAACACCUGAUGAACCGCUCUGUGUACGAGUACUACCACGCCCUGGACUCGGACCACCUCACCAAGACCCACCACAACCUGUUCGCCAAGGGGCAGGUCAGCACGGGGCAGUACCGCAUGCUGGCCCGGGGGGGGGGCUUUGUGUGGGUGGAGACGCAGGCCACCGUCAUCUACAACAACAAGAACUCCCAGCCGCAGUGUGUGGUCUGCGUCAACUUCGUGCUCAGCGGUAUCCAGGAGGAGAAGCUGAUCUUCUCUCUGGAGCAGACGGAGGACCUGAAGCCGGUGAAGGAGGAGAAGAAAGGGCCGCAGGAGAUAGAGGAGGAGGAGGAGGAGCAGGAGGAGAUUGAGCAGGAGGAGGUGAUGGAGACGGUGUGCCAUGCCGACGAGACUGUGGUCCAGGCCGCGACUCUCCAGGUGCUGCCCAGCGAGGAGAAGCCUCCAGAGGUGGACGUUGUUCAGAUCUUCACGCAGGCCCCUGAGGGCCCGCCCCUGGUCAGCCUGUACGACCAGCUGAAGGAGGAGCCCGAGGCCCUCACCCUGCUGGCCCCGGCCGCGGGAGACACCUUCAUCUCCCUGGACUUCAGCUGCCCUGACUCCGAGAUGAACCUUCUGGAGGACGCGCCUCUCUACAACGACGUGAUGCUUCCCUCCACCAGUGAGCACUUGGCCCUGCCUCUGACUGACCUGACCCCCAGUGAGUCCCCCCGCUCAACCCCCAGCCCCCCCGCAGAGCAAGAGGUGCCCUGCGGCCGAGCCGGCGGCCACACGCAGGCCAGCAGCCCCCCGGUGCCCGACAGCCCCCUGAACCUAGGCUUCCCCGGGGACAUGGAGCUCAGCUCGGACUUCGACCUGGUCGAGAAGCUGUUUGCCGUCGACACGAAGCCCAAGACCCCUUUCACGACCCAGGCCAUCGAGGACCUGGACCUGGAGAUGCUGGCGCCGUACAUCCCCAUGGACGACGACUUCCAGCUGCGCUCGCUGGCCCCUGACGAGCACCUGCCCUGCGAGCCGCCGCCGGUUCGGCCGCCGGCCACCUCCGCACCGCUCCACAGCUACCUGAGCUCACCCUCGGGCCGCACGGGGGGCCCCGGGCCCCUGGGGCCGGUGGCCACGCCCAACGCGGCCCCCCUGCUCUCCAAGAGGAACCCGCAGCUGGAGAAGGAGGUGUCUCUGAAGAUGCUGGCCGCCGUGAACGCCCAGCGCAAGAGGAAGCUGGGCGACGUCCCGCUGACGGAUGUCUUUGCAGCGGGGGCAUUGCUUCAGGGCCCGUGUGAGCAGGGGAAGAAGCUGAAGGUGUCGGAGGUUCCUGUGAUGCUCUCCCAUCGCUACGUCCUGCUGCUGCCGUCAGACCUGGCCAGCCUCCUCCUGGGCCCCUCCUCGGAGGGCGGCAGCCCGGCCAUCACCCUGCCCCAGCUCACCCGCUACGACUGCGAGGUCAACGCGCCCGUACAAGGGCGCCAGCUCCUGCUGCAGGGGGAGGAGCUUCUGCGAGCUCUGGACCAAGUCAACUAGGCACACGCUUAAAGCCCUCUUCCUGCCGGCCCGGACCGGACACUACGGUUUAGCCCCCCCCCUUCCCUUCGCCAGCUCUACUCGCCCUUAUUUAUGUGUCUGUAUGUUGGAUAGGAGGGUGGCCGCCUGGUCCCCCGUUCUUCAGCGUUCCACCGCGGUGAAAGACCCUCACAGGGUCUCUGGUGCAGGGUGGAGGGCCAGGGGGUGGGACAGGAGUUACUGCCAGCAGUAUAUUGUAAGCUUAAGUCGCACAAUUUAUAUUUUCC